AUGGGCGGAUAUACGCCCAUAAUGGCGCACGUCACGAAUAACAAUCCGAAAGUGCCCUAGUACGAUUACUAGGUGCUAUCUACAGCAUACAUAGCGCCAAGGACUCCUUUGGUUUGUAGUCAAUCGAGCCACUGCGACCAGUACCCUUAGUAAGCGAUGGAUGUCCUUGUCAUGAUUCCGCUGGAAGGAGCCAGUUGGCCAGAUGCAGCGCACCCAGCAUCCUGCCUGCAUCAUGACAUCCCAAUCCCAUUUCGAGAUCUUUAAUCUCGCUCAUUCUGCUAGGGAUUCGCAGCCGACUUUCCCUGAUUUCCUCUGUUUACCGAUUGAACUCCGCCCGAACCUGAUCAGGGUGCACCUCAGCACGAGAACAGAAGGUUCUAGCAUACAAGAAGCGAGGACGAUAAAAGAGCGGUAUUGUGCCACGGUCAAUGGACACCAGGUCUUAAGCAAACUGUGGCAAGUCAACCGGGAAGCGAGAAAGGUGGCCUUGAGAUUCUAUCGAAUCCAUCUGCCGUGCAUGCUGAGAUGGGGAGUACCCCAUGACAACGCAACCGUUUGAAUUGAAUGGAUUUUGGCUGGAAUUGGCUUUAGCGCAGAUUUAACGGCAGCCUAUUUACGUAUGAAGGAGCGAAAGUGUGUAGUAUUCUCUGAAUUUAGCUCACUCGUAUAUACAAC